CAGCGAGGCCUGUGAUUGGCCACUGAUUACGUGAUGCGGCAGGAUGUUGCUCGUCGCUGGUUGAUGAGGCAGUGUGGAGGCGCUUGAGUCGCCGGUACCGGGAGAAAGGGAGGGAAUGGCUACGGCCGCUCCCUCCACGCCUCCUCCUCCCCCUCCUCCGCCGCCCGGUUCGGGGAGGUUGCCGAGUCGUGUGCUGGAGCUUUUCUUCUCCUAUCUGGAGCUAGCCGACCUUCGCAGCUGCGGCCUAGUGUGCAAGCAUUGGUACCGCACUCUGCACGGGGAUGAGAACAGCGAGGUGUGGAGGAGUCUGUGCCUGAGGUUGGUCAGCGAGGAGGCGCUGCGAACCGAUGUGCUCUGCAACCUACCCACAUACAAGGCCAAGGUCCGAGCCUACCAGCAUGGGUUCAGCUCCAAUGACUGCUCGAGAAAUGUGUACAUUAAAAAAAAUGGUUUCACUCUUCAUCGAAAUCCAAUCGCUCAGAGUACUGAUGGCGCACGCACCAAAAUUGGCUUCAGUGAAGGGCGCCAUGCCUGGGAGGUGUGGUGGGAAGGGCCACUUGGCACUGUAGCAGUUAUUGGCAUUGCUACAAAACGUGCUCCUAUGCAGUGCCAGGGAUAUGUGGCACUCCUUGGAAGCGAUGAUCAGAGCUGGGGAUGGAAUCUAGUUGAUAAUAAUCUGUUGCAUAAUGGAGAAGUCAAUGGAAGCUUUCCACAGUGCAAUAAUGCACCCAAAUACCAGAUAGGUGAGCGGAUCCGAGUAAUCUUGGAUAUGGAAGACAAGACCCUGGCUUUUGAGCGUGGAUAUGAGUUUUUAGGGGUGGCUUUUAGAGGACUUCCAAAGACCUGUUUAUACCCAGCAGUAUCGGCUGUGUACGGAAACACAGAAGUGACUUUGGUCUACCUUGGAAAACCACUGGAUGGAUGAUUGUACUGCAGGAAAUACCAGUGGUCGGGCAGGAGAGGCUGAGCAUGCGAGAGAGCAGAAGACAUGACCCGAUCGGUGGGUACCCACCAGACAGAAAUGAUCAAAGGAUUCUUCUUUACUGUCAGGCUUGGAAGAGUCUCAACAGAACACGUUCGCUGGUCGUCUGUGGGUCGUGGCUAUGUGUAUGGAGAUUAAGGGUUUUCUUUUAUUUUGUCCCCCCAACGUUGUUUGUUUUUGUGGUGGUUUGUGGGGUUAAUAUGGAUGUAGAGGUUGGGGAAGUUUUUUUUUUUUACUUCCCUGUCUGCCUCCUAUCUCAAGGCAGGAAUCCAGCGUCUGGAAUUCAUCUUUUGAUCUUUUUAAUUUAACGCUCUGGUCUUUCGGCACAGGGUACUGUGGUGUUUUUUUAUUUUUAUGCAUACAGCUAUUUUAAGCGUAUAUUUAAUAUGGUAUCUGCAUGAUGCCUUUUUUUUUUUCUUUUCAAACUUACAUCUGGUUUAUCUGAGCUUGAGUCUAAACAGAGAAUACAGGUCUACUUUGCCCCCUCCAAUCCCUUGGCCCUAUUUGCACUUCUGUGUUUAAAAGCGCAUGGGCAUUUUAAUGC